AUGGGUGGCGGCGACCUCAACAUGAAAAAGUCGUGGCACCCGCUCCUCCAUGUCAACCAGGAGCGCGUAUGGAAGCAGGAGAAAAAGGCCCUCGAGGAGAGGAAAAAGCUCGAGGAACUCCGCCGCGAACGCCAGCAGGAGCGAGAGAUGCAGGAGCUACAGCGCCUCCAGGAAGAGGCCGGCGGCAAGAAGCGCCUAGACAAGAUCGACUGGAUGUACGCCACGCCCGCUGCCGCAAACGCCCCCUCGGCCAACGACCUCGAAGACUACCUCCUCGGCAAAAAGCGAGUCGACCAGAUGCUCCGCGGCGACGAGGCCCAAAAGGUCUCCAAGUCCGACACCUCGUCAUUCAUCUCGCUCCAGAACGCCAACACUGCCCGCGACACGGCCGCAAAGGUUAGAGAGGAUCCCAUGCUCGCCAUCAAGCAGCAGGAGCAAGCCGCCUACGAGGCCCUCCUCCGCGACCCCACCCGCCUCCGCCAGAUGCGCCAAAAGGCCGGGCUGCCCGACACGGCCGACCGCAAAGAGUCCAAAGAGGAGCGUAGGCGCAGGAAGGACGAGAAGCGCAGGCGCAGAGAGGAGCAGGCCGACCACCGUGGCCACGCCAGCAGCAGCAGCAGCCGGCAUCACCGAGACCGCGACGGCGAUAGAGACGACGAUCGACACGGCCACCACCGCUCCUCGCACCGCCACCGCCACGGCCACGGCCACGGCGGGUACGACGAUCGGGACCACGACCGGCGCGACGACUCGGGACGGCAUCCUUCGCGAGGGUGA